GUUCUUACACUCAUUUUGUAUAAUUAAUUAUAUAUAAUCACUGUCAACUUGUCCCCUUGUCUUUGUAAUUUGGAAACAAGAACUGGAUUUUUUCACUAUGUUCUUUGUGUUGAGAGUUUUAAAUCUCAAUUGCUAAGGCUGUAAAUUAAUUAAAAGGAGAUUUAGAAUGUUUUUAUUCGUCUCUUUUGUUCCUACUCCAUCUCACAACCCUUCUUUGUUCUUAGUCGAUGUACAUUUUGUUUGAUAUUGAAUCAAAAUCUAUUUCCAAAAUAAAACCCAGCAAGAGAACUUAACAUAAAAGCAAUUUUUGACUUAUAUAAUUAUCGUCUCAUCUCAUGCAAGAAUCAUUGGUCCGUCCUUGUAAGAGACUCGUAUAUAUAUUUCGUGUAUUCAUUGUUCAUCGACACCGCUUAUAUAUACUCAAAAGUCCAAACUAGGAGCAGUUGGUUCUUCUUCUUCUUCAGUACCUUUUUUUUUUUUUUUUCCUUUCUUGAUUUAUGAACACAUUGGGGAGAAUUUUGCAGCAAAAGAGGCAGAGAGAAGGAUUUUGUGGGGUAUUGAAUUUAUUUUGGUAAGGUGAGUUGGAUUGGAAAAUAUGGAGAGAGGCUAUGGAGGGGGUUAUUCAUAUGCGAAUGGAGUGGUGAUGACCAGAGACCAGAAGCCAAGGCUGCGAUGGACUGCUGAUCUUCAUGAGCGAUUCGUGGAUGCUGUAACCAAACUUGGUGGCCCUGAUAAAGCAACUCCCAAGUCAGUGUUGAGGUUGAUGGGCUUGAAGGGGUUAACAUUGUACCAUUUAAAGAGUCAUUUACAGAAAUAUAGGCUGGGACAGCAGGCUCGGAAACAGAAUGGUGGAGAACGAAACGACGAGAGUGAUGGGGGCUUAUAUGUUCAGUUCGGCAAUCAAUCCUGUGGGACAAGCACCAGUUCAUCAAGAGUUGAUAGCAGAGAAGGAGAUGUUCCGAUUGAUGAAGCUCUAAAGUGCCAGAUUGAAGCCCAAAAGAGGUUACAAGAACAGCUUGAGGUGCAGAAGAAACUACAAAUGAGAAUAGAAGCCCAAGGGAAGUACUUGCAAGCAAUGCUGGAGAAAGCCCAGAAUGGCCUUUCACUAAAUGUGAAUUCCAAUGCGAAUCUAGAAGCGGCAAAAGCUCAAUUGACAGACAUCAAUUUGGCUUUGUCGAGUCUUAUGGAGAAUAUGAAUGCAGAAUCUUCGAACGGAUUAAGUACUGCAGCUGCAAGGAACAAUCACUACAACACAGUAAACAGUUCUUUUCAGUUUCUCGGCGGAGGGGAAAGAGAAGAAGCCAUAAACAUCAAGGUCGAAGAAGGUUCGAUGCAUUUUGACUUGAAUACCAAUAAUAGCUAUGACUAUGUUGCUGCAAAUGGAUCUGAAAUGGAACUCAACAUGCUUUCACUUUGAAAAUAAAAUACCACCAUUAGGACUAUUCAUGUAUUCUUCGUCGUAUGCCCUCCAUAGCUGCUUAUACAUAUAUGAAAGUUGCACCUUGAUACAUGCCAAUUUUGUGAGGAUCCUAAAAUGUUCCAUGGUAAUUGUGGGCUGAUAAAAAUAGAGCGAUUUAGAGGGGUAUAGCACUGGAAAAAAAAUUUCAUGCAUCUCUAGACAUUUUUGUUUCCAUGAGCUUGUUUGAUGCUUAAAAUGUCCGUAGCAGAGAACAAUUUCCUAAUUACUCUGUGUUUUCUUGUCCACUUUCUUCUUUCAUUUGAUUCAUUCUCUUAAUGUUCUUCAGAGAUAGAAAUACUGAGAUUGAAA